UGCAGUUUUGGAGUUCCCCAUGCUUCGCGCUGCAUUGACCCGCCGCUGGACCGCGCCCCGCCCCGCGCUGCAAGCUGCUGGCGCCCGAGCCUUUUGCGCACCGCCAUCGUCGACGACGGCGACGACGCCGCGGGUGCGCGUGCGCUACGCGCCGAGCCCGACGGGCUACCUGCAUCUCGGCGGCCUCCGCACGGCGCUCUUCAACUACCUCUUUGCCAAGGCGUCGGGAGGUGACUUCCUCAUGCGCAUCGAAGACACGGAUCAGACGCGCAAGGUCGAGGGCUCGGUCGAGGCGCUCACCAAGAGCUUGCACUGGUGCGGCGUCCACGAAGACGAAGGGCCGACGGCCGGCGGUCCGCACGGCCCGUACGUGCAGUCGGAGCGCCUGCACAUCUACAAGGCCCACGCCGAGCAGCUGAUACACGACGGCCAUGCGUAUCGCUGCUUUUGCUCGCAGGAGCGUCUCAAGUCGCUGCGCGAGGCCGCGACGCGCGCGGGGUCGGGCACCAUGUACGACCGGGCGUGCUUGGGCCUGACGCCAGCGCAAGUCGAGGCCAAGCUCGCAGCUGGCGAGCCCCACACGGUGCGGCUCAAGGUGCCCGAGGGCAAAACGACGCUCAAGGACAUGGUGCGCGGCUACGUGCAGUUUGACCACGCCGUCAUCGACGACCAGGUGCUCAUGAAGAGCGACGGGUUCCCGACCUACCACUUGGCCAACGUCAUUGACGACUACAUGAUGCGCAUCACGCACGUCAUUCGCGGCGAGGAGUGGCUUUCGUCGACGCCCAAGCACGUGCUCUUGUACAAGGCGCUCGGGUACCCCGUACCGCAGUUUGCGCAUCUUGGCUUGCUGUUGAACGAAGACCGCUCGAAGCUCUCCAAGCGCCAGGGCGACGUGGCUGUCGAGGACUUUGAGAAGAAGGGGUUUCUGGCGCCGGGUCUGGUCAACUUUGUGGCGCUCCUCGGGUGGAACCCGGCCGAGGGCAGCACCAAGGAGAUCUUCACCAUGGAGGAGCUCCAGGCCCACUUUUCGAUGGAGCACAUCAACAAGAGCGGGUCCGUCGUCAACCUCGAGCGCCUCCGCUGGAUCAACUCGCGCCACAUUCGCAGCCUCUUCGAGUCCGAGACGCGCGCCGACGUGGUCGCCAUGCUGCGCCCGUACCUGAGCUCGCUGCCGUCGCUCGAGCGCUACGAGACCGACUACAUUUACGGCGCGCUCUCGCUCAUGAAGGAGCGCGUGAGUGCGUUGCCCGAGUUUGCUCCCCUUGUGCACUACUUCUUCGCGGCGCCCGACCUCAGCGCCGACGAGAGCGUUGCGAUGCGGGUCAAGUACUUCAAGGACGAUACGGACGACGUCGUGCGCGCGGUCCGGGCACAGCUCUCGGCCCUCGAAGCCUUUGACGCGAAAUCGAUCAUGGACCUGAUCAAGGCGGCGGCCAAGGAGCGCAAGCUCGGCGUCAAGGCGGUGCUCAUGCCGCUGCGCUACUACCUCACGGGCAUGGAAGUCGGAGCGAGCCUCGGCGAAACCAUCGAGCACCUCGGGAAGGCCGAGACGCUGGCCCGCCUCGCGAAUGUCUAAGGCAUCACACGACACACGACGACGAGCUGCUUGAGGUUACGCAAUACUAGUAGUAGUAGAUCUUAGUUGUUGGUCGAGGAGGUAUGGCAGUGGCU